AAAUUGUUCUCUGGUCACACUUGUACCACGGGUGUGGGUCCAGUGCAAAAGAUAAAUAAAUAAAUCUAUUAUUGGAAAAUGGACAGAGAAAAGUUGAUUGUGCCCAAUCAAAUAGGCUACCUCAUUUUAAAAGAGGAUGGGGCAGUUCUGGAGUCCGGAGGAGAACUGAAAAAUGAUGAGCGCAGUGCAAAUGUGAUAAUGGGUCUUCUAAAUCUCACAGAAAGUAUCGACGAGUCCUUCAUGCCGAACUCGAGCUGCGAAAGGAUCACCAUCGACUACGAGCAGCACUACUACAGCAUCUGCAUGUCCAAUCGUCGCAUAUAUAUAGUGAAGAUCAGCAAAUCCCAAAAUGGAGGAGCCGCUACAACCACGACCACGACGAGCUCCUCUUCUUCCAAUAGUGUCUACAACGAUGCCAGCGAUUCCGGGGCCGUGCUGGCUUGAAACAUGUCUUCGGAUGCCCCAUCCACAUGCCGAUUUUGCUGGCAGGGAUCGGGGCAAACCAACCACAAUUGGCGCACUCCCAUUCUGUAUCUGAUCCUGCUGUUUAUUUGUCAAAAAAUACAUCAUCUGUGAGCUCCUGCUCGAAAA